AUGGGAUCAUCAACUUCUAAACAGAGUGGUAGGAAACUAGCUAAAUCAAUAACUGAAAAUAAUUUGAAAAGAACUUCAAAUAUAAAUCAAUUACCAAGAAAUGAAAUACUAAAAGAAGAACCCGAAAAACAAGUAGCUGAUGAAAGCUUAAAUCAAUCAAAUUCGCAAUCAUUUAGAUCAUCUUCUAACUUUGAUGCUGGUUAUCUACUGAAGAAAUUAAAUAAAAAUCAAAAGAUAGCUGAAGGUAGAGACGGUUUAGAUCCGCAUGAACAAGGAACUUCAACUUAUGACCAAAGUUUCAUAAAUUCAAUUAAUAAAUUAGGUUCACAAAUUAAAACUAUUGAUAUAAAUCCAAUUAGAGAUGAAAAAAAUUCAAUAGCUAUAAAUCAAUUAAAACAUAGACAAAUAUUGUAUAAAAAAGGUGAAGAAGAAAUUAAACUGCAUAAUCCAAAUGAAAAGAAGACAAUGGUUCAUCCUCAAACUUUAACUUCUAUAUUAAAGGAUUUAAAUGAUCCAAAAGUAAGUAAUGAAACAAUUUUGAAAGACUACAACCUAGAUUCAAAUUUUUUAAAAGAAUUGGGUGAUAGAUUUGAAGUACCUACUCAUGAAGUACCAAUACAAGAUGCUGUUAAACCUGGUGAUUUAGGUCAUAAUAAAUUAGGUCGUACAUUGGAUCAACAUGAACAAGAACAAUUAAAAAAGCAACAACCACAUUUACAAAAUGAUCAACAACCAGAUGAAAGUACAAAUGAAUCAUUUAAGAAAUUAAAACUGAGAAUUAGUCUUGAUGAUUAA